UUCAGCCCCCGUCCUCCUCCCCGGGUCUCCGCUCUCCUCUCUGACCCGCUGACUGAUCGAGCACCACCUGUGGCGGAUGAGUCAGCCGUCAGCGCGCGCUUGACCCCCGCAGCUGUUAUUUGGGGACAGCGUGAGCCCGAAACACAGACCGACGCGUUCACUCAUACCAGAAACCCACAGCGUUGUUGGCUGUCUCGGUUAACGGUCUGUCCACGCCAGGAUGCAGAGAAAUGUUUCCGCCUUGUUUUGUCACCGCCGCUCUCCUGACUGGUGGACGCAGACGCGCUGAUUGUUGUUCAAGUUUUGACAGCAUCGCUUCCGUCUUUCCACAGCGCGGAAUCGAGGUGUAAUUUCUUCUUCUCCUUCUUCUUCUUCUCCUUCUUCUUAUUCUUCUUCCUCUUCUUCUUCUUCCUCUUCUUCUUCUUCCUCCUCUGAAAGCGCCCGGUGAUCAUUCUGUGGCCACGCGCAGUAAUGCUCGCAGAGGGGCUGGAGGCUGGCGGAGACCGGGACUGAGCGGCGGACAGCUCGCAGAAAACCGUGCGCGUCUUUUCUCGGAACACAUCUCGGAGACGUCUGCAGGUUUCGGCUUCCUUGUCAAGCCCGCGCUCUCUUCUUAACUGGCGUUGCGAUGUCCACCAGAAAGACAUCGUUGACGGACAAGCAGGCUAAAAACGGAACGUCCAAAUAUUCGUUGGAGAGAUGCGCUUCUGUUAACGAGUAUUAUGAUGUUGCGUUCAAGGUGAUGCUGCUGGGAGACUCGUCCGUGGGGAAGACGUGCGUCUUGGUGCGCUUUAAAGACGGGGCGUUUCUGGGAGGCAACUUUAUAGCCACCGUUGGAAUAGACUUUAGGAAUAAAGUGGUGGACGUCGACAACCUGAAAGUCAAACUGCAGAUCUGGGACACAGCCGGCCAAGAGAGAUUCCGCAGUGUAACACACGCCUACUAUCGAGAUGCCCAGGCGUUACUCCUGCUUUACGAUAUCACCAGCAAGCUGUCGUUUGACAAUAUCAGGGCUUGGCUGACUGAAGUACACGAGUAUGCCCAGAAGGAUGUGGUCAUCAUGUUGCUCGGCAACAAGGCAGACAUGGCUGCAGAGAGGGUGGUGAAGACGGAGGACGGAGAGAGGCUGGCGAAGGAAUACGGUGUACCAUUUAUGGAGACCAGUGCGAAGACAGGAGUCAAUGUGGAGCUGGCCUUUCUCGCUGUAGGAAAGGAGCUGAAGCACAGAGCGACACAGCAGCAGAAUGAGCCCAAGUUCCAGAUUCACGACUACAUCGAGGCUCAGAAGCACAAGUCUGGCUGCUGUGGCCACAUGUAGCUGAUCCUGAUCACCAGGCAGUGAGAGACACACACAUAGAGAGAGAGAAAGAAAGAGGGGGAGGGAGGAAGUGGGAUAGAGGUAAAAAAAAAAAAAGAAGUCUGCUCUCUUAUGAAAAGCUAAUCCCAGCACCAAGCCCGAGGAGCAGACGACCUCGUCUGGAAUGGAAGGUGAAUCUGGAUUGGCCGCCAUCCCUUAAAUGAAAUGUGAAUUUAAAUGUCAUGCGUAGAAAUGUUUGUGGUCUUUGUGGUGACAGUUGUAUCAAACUACAAGUCAGGAGUUACAAUCUGAAAUGCAAUAUCAAACAGGAAACAUGGUCAUCAUUUUAUUCUGCAUCGCUGCAAACUCAAAAUUAUUGAUUUUGGAUGAAAAAUAUGGGGCCCGUGUAUUAUUAUGGGGGAAGGAGGUGUCUGCCUGGUCAGACGCAUUGCACUAAAGGUUAACUACACCCUCAAAUUCCUCUUGAAAAUAUCUAAAUAUAACAAAUAACUGCACAGUUUACUGCCACUGACGGGGAAAUAGAUCUGGCUCAUGUCAGCGUGUCUUGGCAUUUGCUAAUGCUAAUGCUAACAUGUCUAGUAGGGGCCAACAUUUAUAAUAAGUACGUUUUAGGCGAACAACACUUGUGUAAGUUAAGUAUUUUGACAGUAUUCUAUUUGUUAUAGUCGUGCAGUAUUAUGUUUGCUAGUGCCUUAGCUAAUUACAGUAACUUGCUAACAUUAGCUCGCUAACAUCAAACUUGCCCCAUUCCAUCACUAUUCUAGUUAUUUACUGUCCUGGUAGACACAGGGUGCUAAAGUAAUCUUUUUACGUGCUGAAAAGAUCAGCUAGCUACUUGCAUUUUGUUAGCUUUUCAGCCAUUGGUUGCAUAUUGAUAGUUUUCCCCUCUGACGGGUGUGGUUUUCACUUUAUGACGCGUUGCGCUCUGUCUCUUUACACCUCUGAGUCUAUUUCCUCGUGGUUGGAACGGGGCCACAGAAUUCGGCUGAACCAAACUUCCAAAUCCAUGCAGACAGAAAAGUGUAUUAACAUCCAACCCUGUCUCCUACAAAAUGAGGUUCCCAUACAACUAAAGUGCACUCUCAAUUAUGUUUUGAGGAAAAUGUAUUUUCUUUCAGGCCCAACGGUCGCAGCUUUAAACUGUUUCAAAUACAUUAAUAAUCAAAAAACAAAAAAUACAUCAUAACUACUUAUCUAGAUUUACUCAAAUACAUCACGGUUGGCUCAAAAUGACUGUGACAUUGAACCAAAAUACGUCAAAAGUAUCCGCGACUAAAUAGAUUUCCCUGGAAACAUAUUUCAUAAUGUUUCAUUGUGUGGGAGCGUAGAUUUUAGGAGACAGGGCUGUAACAUUGUAUGCCAAUGAGAAUCUUUGUGAAUAUGUGUGCAGCAGAUGAAACAUAUUUUAGUACGUGGUUCAGCUUGACUUCAUGUUUGUAAUGAAACUGUUUUUGGUUGCUGUUAAACUGAGCUUCAGUGACUUCAUCUUCAAAGUGAGCUCGACUCUUUGACCUUUUGUUCGGUCCUGGAAGCGAAGUUCGUACCUAAUCUCAGACCUGUCACCUUCUUCACCCUGCAGUUUGCAGUUUUAUACAAACAAUCAAUAGGACUGUUAAUGUGGAUGUCGCAUCUUUUUGCCCUGCAGCUCGUAGUUUGUUUCCCUCCCUGUUUUACCAGACUGUGAACUGAAUCCCUUUUGGCCUUACAGUCUGUAUCAUCAUUCAUCGAUAACUCAGCGUGUUUGAGAAGUGGACUUCAGUCUCACAGUCAGAUUGUAGCUAAAUGAUCCCGUCUGUUCACAUCUGUACUGCUGUUAGAUAGAAUAAAGCCAACUUUUUGAGGG